AUGUCAUUUCUCAACAGCAAGAUCGCUCACUGGCUCUGGGGAGAUGACAUCAAGGACCGCCAUCUCCUCGGCAGACUGGACAUCACUCUCUUACCCUACUUCUCGCUAAUAUGGUUCCUCUUCGGCGUAACUCGAGCGAGUUACUCGUCAGCCUACGUCAGUGGUAUGCACGAGGCUCUCCAUUUUCAGGGUAAAGACUACAACUACAUGAACACGGCUUAUUUGGUGGUCUAUGCCGUGUGUCAAAUGCCUGGAACCAGUCUGUUGACUAUCGCAAGACCCAAAUAUGUCUUUGUGGCUGCAAAUGUGGUAUGGAGUGUGUUGACGUUGAUCACGUAUAAGACAACGAGUGCGUGGCAGGUGAUCCUUUUAAAUGCGAUUGAAGGCGGGUUUUCGGCUAUUGCUUAUGUCGGCGCACAAUUCGUUCUUGGAUCGUGGUAUAAGAAGAAUGAGUUAGGUACUCGUGCUGCCGUGUUUUGCGUUUUUGGUCAACUUGGUAGCAUGGCUGGUGGUUGGAUCCAAGCUGGACUUUUGGAAUCAUUGUCAGGGAAGAGUGGCCUCCCAGCGUGGAAAUGGAUUUUCAUCAUUGUCUCAGUCAUGACUAUUCCAGUCGCAUUGUUUGGCUGGGUCUUCAUUCCCGAUCUCCCAAUCCACCGAGCUGCUUGGUAUCUCACUGCUGAGCAGAAAGAACAUGCCAUCUCAAGACUCGGAGCUAGUCGUAAAGAGUCAUGGGAUCUGACUGUAUUCAAGCGCAUCUUUUUGAGCUGGCAGUUUUACCUACUCCCAUUCCUCUUCAUGUUAUACUCGCUCUGCGUUCAGAUGCUCCAAAACAACGUCAUGGCCCUCUGGAUGGCUGCGCGUGGUUACACGGUUAUCCAGCAGAACAACUAUCCCACAGGAAUCUACGCGACCGCUAUCCUUGGCACAGUCAUCUACGCCGUCAUUUCCGACAAAAUAAAGUCGCGUUGGGAAGUCUCGGUCGCAAUUGGACUAACGUUUAUCAUUGGUUCCGCCAUCCUCGUCGGUACCGGGGUUGACUCUGACGUCGCUCACUUCUUUGCCUUUUAUCUGCUCGGUACGACCUUUGCUCCUCAGGCGGUCUGGUAUUCCUGGAUGGCCGACUUGACGAGCCACGACGUCCAGCUUCGAGCAAUCACGACGGGGUUUAUGAAUUCCUUCGAUUUUGCGUUCGUCACUUGGUGGCCGCUUAUUUUCUACCCCGUUACAGAUGCGCCGGAUUAUCAUAAGGGAUAUAUUGCCAGUCUCGUAACGGGAACAUUAACGUUGCCACUCAUUGCGAUAGUCACAUAUCUGGAGAAGCGUGACACGGCAAGAGGAUUGAUUGGCAGGGUUUCGGAGGCUACUAACAACAGCAGUGGUCAAGAUGGUGAACCAAAUGCUGGUUUCAAGGACGGCAGUGUUAAUGUGCGGUCAGCAGAGGUGAGUGUCUAGGGAAUAGUCCGGACUCCGGAGGAUAUGAGGCCGAAUGAAUCAGAGUGAGAUAGAACAGAAUCAGUGAAAUUAAU